CGCGGCGGCGGUGGGUUCCUCCGGACGCGACCUCAGUGCGGGCGCCGCUCGCCGCGGCUCGGCCACGCGGCAGGCCCCAGCGUGCGGGCGGCGGGGCGCGCGCUCGCCGGCGCCGGCCCUCUCCCCUCCCCCUCAGGAAACGACAGCUGCGCGGGGCUGGCGCCGCCUUCCGCCACCUACCACGUCCGCCCCGCCGUCGCCCGGCGCCCCAGCCCGGCCGCCGCGUUCCCCGCCUCCUCGCUAAGGCCAGCCGGCGGCUCUGCCCGGCGCCCCAGCCGGCCAUGAACAUCAUGGAUUUCAACGUGAAGAAGCUGGCGGCCGACGCGGGCACCUUCCUCAGCCGGGCCGUGCAGUUCACAGAAGAAAAGCUUGGCCAAGCAGAAAAGACAGAACUGGAUGCUCACCUGGAAAACCUCCUUAGCAAAGCUGAAUGUACCAAAAUAUGGACAGAAAAAAUAAUGAAACAGACCGAAGUGCUGUUGCAGCCAAAUCCAAAUGCCAGGAUAGAAGAAUUUGUUUAUGAGAAACUGGAUAGAAAAGCACCAAGUCGUAUAAACAACCCAGAACUUUUGGGACAGUACAUGAUUGAUGCAGGAACUGAGUUUGGCCCCGGGACAGCUUAUGGCAAUGCCCUUAUUAAAUGUGGAGAAACACAGAAGCGAAUUGGAACAGCUGACAGAGAGCUGAUUCAGACAUCAGCCUUAAACUUCCUCACGCCUUUAAGAAACUUUAUUGAAGGGGAUUACAGAACAAUCGCAAAAGAAAGGAAACUAUUACAGAAUAAGAGACUGGAUUUGGAUGCUGCAAAAACAAGACUAAAAAAGGCAAAAGCUGCAGAAACUAAAAGUUCACAACUAAACUCCGCCCGCCUUGAAGGAGAAAACACUAUGGUAAAUCUCUCUUACAUGCUCCACUUCCUGCAUGUAAAAUGGCUGAAGAUUUGGGCAGAGGAAGUGACAAAAUCUGAACAGGAAUUAAGAAUAACUCAAAGUGAAUUUGAUCGCCAGGCAGAGAUUACCCGACUCCUGUUGGAGGGAAUCAGCAGUACACACGCCCAUCAUCUCCGCUGUCUGAAUGACUUUGUAGAAGCCCAGAUGACUUACUAUGCACAGUGUUACCAGUACAUGUUAGACCUACAAAAACAACUGGGAAGUUUUCCAUCCAAUUAUCUUUCUAACAACAAUCAGACCUCGGGAACACCUGUGCCGUAUGCUUUGUCAAGUGCGAUUGGUCCUGGUCUGGCUUCCACGGGUGGCCUCGUAAUCACCUGUCCUUCUAACAUCAAUGACCUUAAAGAAACCAGCAGCAACAGGAAGGCCAGGGUCCUCUACGACUACGAUGCUGCAAAUAGCACUGAGCUCUCACUCCUGGCAGAUGAGGUAAUCACUGUGUUCAGUGUCGUUGGAAUGGACUCUGACUGGCUAAUGGGAGAGAGAGGAAAUCAGAAGGGCAAGGUGCCAAUUACCUACUUAGAACUUCUCAACUAAGCAGGGAGACCAUGAGAGGCUACCCAUCACAACACCAUAUUUAUAUAAAUAACUAAAGCAGGUUUAAAUAUCUUUCAAUGUUAAUGUCAUAAGAGACUGAAAAAGAAAAAUACAAGCCAUCAGAAACUGGCCAUUCUGCCAAUAAAACUGCAUGGUUAAUCCUUGAUUACACAAUCUAUGUUAGCAAUUUCCUGACAAGAGUGUUUUCUUAAACAGUUCUCUUUCUACUGAGGUUUCACUAACAAGCAACUUCUACUUUUGAGCCCCAACUUAAAAACAGAAAGAUUCUUUUCUACUGAAUUUUUCAUUAACGGCAAGCUUUUUCUUUUAUGCAAAAUAAAUUUAUUGUGCAUGAUACCAGUGACUCAUUUAUUAGAUACAAUAGCCAAAGAAUAAAGUAAAAGCUCCUUUUUACCUUGCUGCCCAGUAGGAAUCAGAUGACUUAAACACCAGGCCUUACUAGGGUCUCCUGGGUCUCCUGGCUGUGGAGCUUUGCGUGGUGUGGGUUGGGUUUGCUUUAUUUAUGUUUAUUACACUACUGGAUAGUUUCUUUUAAACCUGAGUCUUGAAAAGUGUUACCUUAUUUCAUAAUUUUGUGAAGGCUGCAGAACACUGGGGACAAGUUCAUCCACUAAGAAUAAUCCUAAGGUUAUUCCGUUGACAAAAUUGGAUACAUAAUCAGAAUUGCAUCCAUUGAGAGGAUGCUACAGUACCGUAAAGAUGUGUUGUGGAACAGUGAGUGUGUGUAAAGUGCGGCUAGUGCAGCAGCCUUCAUUAUAGGCUAAGUCACGCAGCAAACGUGGUCUGUCUUCAGCAGUGUCUCUGGAGAUUGCUAAUGACGCAUUUGGAACUAGAGAAUUGCUAUGAGGACCAUGCUAUCCAUCAGCAAACGUUGCUGUGAAUUGCCCAUUGAGGAAUCCUUUAGUUAGGUCUUCAGGUCUCACUCAUUCAUUAUUCGUCCAUCCAUUCAAAAGACAUGGAGGGCCAGGUACUUUGUUGAUCCACCAAGUAUACUACUAUGAACAAGAUGCUCCUAAAGAAGUUAACCUCUAACAGGGUUGGUAUUGUGACGGAAGAAAUAGAAGUGUGUUUAGGAAUUACCUGGUUGGGUCUAAGAAGUCAGAAGUUGACCCAGGCAGAAGGGAAAAGUUGUGUUGGGCCUAGAACCAAUAGAGCAUAAAUUUGUUCAGAAUAGCUUAGCAGUGUAGUACAAAAGUGUAGUCUGCUUACUCAGAGAAUCUUGAAUUACAAACUUUUGAGCUCUGAAGUACUAUUUAAAUAGCACUUUAAAACAUCCAUUUGUGUUAAGAGCGCCUAAGAGCUUGGUAAGUGUGGAAAAGGUGGUUCUUGGGCCCAGCGUUAAUAACCCUUUCUCUGCACUUAGAUAAAUUCCUCUGCGGUUUUCUAGUUCUGUAAGACUGAUUCACACUUGAGUUUCACACUUGAGGAACGCCAAAAGCAGCUUGAGAUGCUAGUUUUCUAGAGAAUCAAGUUAAUGAAGUUUUGUUGUUCUUUUUCUUCCUCAGAAAGGAAGUUUUACAGCCUAAAGUGCCAUUUGUUGUAUUUGUCCAAAUUUAGGUUUUGAGAGACUAUAAAAAUUUGGAUGACUUUAAACAGCAGCUUUAGUUCAGCAAAUUGUUUAUGGGAAAUAGAUCCAUGCAGGAGAAGAUAUAAAUAUGGGCUGAAUUGAUUUUGUGUUUGUGUCCUCACAUGUUGGGCUCCCUGGGGUUCAACUCAGAUUUAGAGCUGCCAUUUUUUUAUCAGUAAAAUGGGGAUAAGUAUGUCACCUAACAGGAGACUAUUCCAAAGUGUUACUUUGUGUUUUGUGCUUUUAGGCAAAGACCUGGCACAUAGUAAACAUUUAGUAAGCACUGAUUGCCCUUUUCAGUCCCUGACACCAUGCGGCAUGGGCUGUGAGGAACAUGUCUUAUAUCUGUGCUGUGCUUCCUCCCUGAAGCCCAUUCUCCACCUACCUUAAACCUGACCAGAUCCUGCUCACGCUCCCUCCUCAGUGUAAGCUCUGUAGCAGGAAGCCCUGCUUUCCAGCAGGUGCUGGCUACUGAAGAUGCACUUAGAUACAAGAGGAUCCUUACUGUAGUAUUCAUAGGAGCAAAGGCUCCUUGUACCUUUGUGUAGUAUAGAUCCAACAUAAUCUUUAGUCAUGUUCUUUUGUUUAAUUUUUUUGUUGUUGUUUUAAUGAGCUUCAUUAUUUGGUUGGGUGUUAUCUUUAAUUUUGGUUUUGACUUAAAGUUAUGGGCUUAGUUUUUGCUCAGGUAAAGGCCCAAGGAAAUUGUUUAGCAUAGAAGAAAACUCUUAGAAAACCUGUUAAUUCAUGGUGCAAUUCAAAGUUAUUUAAAUAAACUCUUGGCCCCUGAGCAUAAUUCAGCAGCAGAGUGGAAGCAAUGAGUGGAAGGUGCAUUUACUCAUGAAAUAAUAAACAAGGAGACAUUUAUCGGGCCUCGACAAGCUUAAAAAGAGGUGGAUUUUAGCCACCUUUAUCCUUAAAGUAAUGUGACCCACAAGGUUAUAGUUAACACAUUUUUUAUGGUGCUAGUCAAAAAAAAUUCAUGUUGCAGGAGAUGAGGUUCCUAAAAUGAGAUUGUACCUCACUCUGAUGGGACAAGGGAAAUAAGCCCAAGGCCAGCACCCCAGAUUGCUGCAGCCCAUCCUUCCAGUCGGGACCUUCAUAGCAGGAGCAAAAGGAAGCUAGCGUUAGUAAGGAAAGAGGGUUCUGAGGAGAAGAGAGGAUGGGAAGGACUUGUUUAUGCAGAGAGCUCUCACAGACGACUGCUUUGUCACACAGUCCCAGUACCUGAAACUUUGCAAUGAACUGCCGAGCUGCACAAGCCAGAGUGAAGAGCUGUCCAGGGGAGCAUGGCUCACAGGCAGAUCUGCUCCAAGCUCUCUGCUUCCCUGUGCACUGUCACAUCAUAAAACUAUGAUGAAGGGAACAUUCACUCCUGCCUUCUCCACUUUGGCCUAAUUAGAAUGGUGGCAAAGUUCAAGACUUCAAAGCAGCUUUGCUGGGAACUUAUUGAAAAUGCUAAUUGCUGUUUUCUGAUAUUCUGCCUUAUUUAUACUUUCGUCUACAUGGGCCUGUGGAUUAGUAGCAUUAAUCUCCCCUGUGACAGCUUUUUAAAUAUUUUAAGAUAAAAACUUAAUUUUUCUUUCUUUACUAUGUUCUAUUAAUUGUAAUUAUGUUGUUAUUUUUAUAAUUUAUUUAUUUAGCAUGUAACUAUCACUUUAGAAUGUAGCCUUCUAAGAUAGAGACUAUAAUUCUGUUACUCAUAAAAUACUCUUAGCACACAGCUUGGCUCUUUUAUGCUCAAUAAAUACUUGUUGGGUAAAAGGGAAAAAACUGCUAAUACCUGUGUCUUCCCCCACAAAACCUACUGAGCCAAAUUUGGGAGCAGGGCCCUGUUGUACAGUAAGCCAUGUGCAUGACCCUGCAGUAGUCAGUUGUGAGGACACUGCAGAGCUGACAGAGCUGGCCAUUCACCCUCAGGCGCCUACGAUUUGACAACACUUGAACAUUUCCCCUUACCUCUGUAAGCCUUACUGCCACUCUCACUGGCUGAGGUCCUUUCAGACCAGUCUAAGAAGUGGGCACGAAGGUAGACGGAUACAUUCAGUGUCAGUAAGGAAAGAACUGCCUAGAACGGCAGGACCUGAGUGACGGGUUUCUGAAAAUGUGGACCCAUCGUCUAAAGCAGUGGUUCUCACCUGUGGGUGACUUUCACAUGUGUUGCAUGACCCAGAGGACUCGCCCUAGACUAUCAGAAAACACAUAUAUUUACAUUAUGAUUCAUAACAGUAGUGAAAUUACAGUUAUGAAGUAGCAAUGAAAAUUAAUGUUAUGGUUGGGGUCACCACAACAUGAAGAGCUGUAUUAAAGAGCCACAGCAUUAGUCAGGCUGAGAACCACAGCUCUAAAGAAUGAUGAGCUCUAACUACCAUACUUCCAUACAGUGCCUUUGAACUAGGGUUUCGCUUCAAGACACCCUGAGAAACCAGCGAGGCAGUAUUAGGCUAACAUCUGCACAGCUCUGUACCUCAGUCCCUAGCUGUACUCUAACUCCUAUGACAGAGUAGACGUUUUAAGGAUUGUUAAUGCUUUUUUAUUAAUACAAGUCAUAAUAUGCUGACAAAAAGAAAACUUUUAGAGGUUAAAAUAAAACCAUGGCCUACAGUUCCACCGUCAGAAGUGCUGUGACUGAGGCGUGGCCUUUGGGCUCUGCACACUUACAGAUUUUUUUAACGGGAUCAAAUUGUACAUGCUGUUUUGUGACUUUUUCACUCAACAGUCCCAUGCCUGCCUUGCUGUGUCAUAUGUAUUUAUACAUCUUUUUAAUGGAUGCAUGAUAUUUCUUCAUAUGUGCCACAUUUUGUUAAACUACUGUUGAAUUUUUAGGUUUCCAAUUUUUCACUAAUAAACUGCUUUGAAGAACA